CAAUCUUUAAUAAUUCUUUUCAACAGGGGGAGAGACUAAUCUUUUCUGAAAGGUUUAAGAGAAUGGGGGGUUGUGCUAGUAUGCCACUCAAGUUCAAGAAGGGCGAGAGCUUGCCGCCAGAACCCGCCAAGGAGGAGGCUGUCCCUGCUGCCAAGGAGGUGAAGGCCGAGCAGCCGGAGAAGAAGGUCGAAGGAGGGGAUGAGAAGAAGGAAGUCGAGGAAGAGGGCGACAAGAAGGAAGUCGUAGAGGAGGGCAAGGGUGCUUCCCUCAAAAACUUGCUUGACCAGGAUGAGAAGAAGAACGAAAGCGAGCGAAAGAAGGAAGAAGCAGCAGCCGAGACAAAGGCCGUAGAGGCGGAGAAGGAGGAGGAGAAAGCCGAGGAGAAAAAGGCAGAAGUAGCAGCAGCAGCAGAGGAGAAGAAGGAAGAAGAGACCAAAUGAAACACAAAUUUGACGUGAAAUCUCUCUCUCUAAAUUAAUCAUUAUCUUGAGUUCUGACCACUGAACAAGAGAAAGUUGAAUCUCAUGGAUUGGUCCUGGGAUUAAAAAAGAACAAGCUGGAUUAACUGGUUUAAUACUUGUGCGGAUGAUUUGAUGUCUUUUUUCUUAGUCUCGAGGAGAAUUUUACUUUGUUGAGUAUUUGGACAGCUAGCCCAAUUAUUUAAUUGUACCAUCGUGUCUUGUUUUUUCUUUUUAACUCUGGAUUACAACACUUCUGUU